AACCCUGGCCAGCGGCACUUCGGAUUUGAAUCGUAAAGGCGAACAUGGAGUAAUAUAAGGUCGUCUGCAUUCUAUCAGUUUAUCAAAUAACCAACACACCUAAUAUUAACUCGGUACAUUGGCAUUCAUCAUGGCUACGCUUACACAAAUUAGGGCUUCCAAUGCCCAGCUUACCGUCGACACCGUACCCAAGACCGUGGUCUUCGUUGGCGCAACAGACGGAAUUGGAAAAGCGGCACUGACAGAGCUCGUUUCUAAAGGGUUCCCCGUUAACGUCUACAUUGUGGGCCGCAAUGAAGUGGCCCAUCAGCCUCUCCUGGAAGAGUUACGCUUGCUCAAUAGCAAAGCUCACCUCGUUUACCUAGAGGGCCAGAUCUCUUUGACGGCUGAGGCCGCGCGCCUUGCGGACGAAAUCGCUCAGCGGGAGAAGGAGAUCGAUGCCCUGAUUCUCUCACCCGGGUUCUUGCCCUUUCUCGGACGCCAAGAAACGGAUGAGGGAGUAGAGCUCAGCAUGGCCGUUGCCUACUAUAGUCGCAUUGUUUUCAUCUCACGUCUUCUCCGGCAGCUGCGAGCCGCGGCGCGGCCUAAUUCAAAACAAUAUUCGCCGCGCAUUGUCAGCAUCCUGGGCGCGGGUAAAGAAACGGCUGAUCUUUUCUUGGACGACUUGACCCUCAAAGAACCCGGCCGCUUUAGUAUCCCCAACUACGCCGGGCACGUUGGCACAAUGACGUUCGUAGCGAUGAAGCGGCUCGCAGAGGCUCCGGAAAACAAGGACGUCGUAUUUGUAUACGCUCACCCCGGCGCUGUCAUGACAAACCUCUUCAAGAAGAGUUGGGGUGACAAGUGGGACGACAAGGCGGCUCCCCCG